AUGCCUUACACCUCGGCUUCUACCACCGAGCCUGUGGUCACCACCAAGGUGUACUUCGACAUCUCGCACGACAACAAGGAUGUCGGACGAAUCGUACUCGGUCUGUACGGGAACGACGUGCCCAAGACCGCCGAGAACUUCCGAGCUCUGGCCACUGGUGAGAAGGGCUUCGGUUACAAGGGCUCCAAGUUCCACCGUGUCAUCAGCAACUUUAUGAUCCAAGGUGGCGAUUUCGAACGUGGAGACGGUCGAGGCGGUUACUCUAUCUACGGUGGAAAGUUUGAUGACGAGAACUUCAAGCUCAAGCAUACCGGCCCGGGUGUACUGUCGAUGGCCAACGCCGGUCCCAACACCAACGGUGCCCAGUUCUUCAUUUGCACAGUCAAGACGAGCUGGUUGGACGGCAGACACGUGGUGUUCGGCAGGAUCGUGGAGGGUAUGGACGUAGUCAAGUACAUCGAGAACGUCCCUAAGGGCUACGGCGACAAGCCGGUGGCAGAUGUGAUCGUUAAGGACUCGGGUGAAUUGUCCGCUGAUGAAAAGGUGAAGGACGAACUCUAA